UUUUUUUUUUUUUUUUUUUUUUUUUUUUUUUUUUUUUUUUUUUUUUUGAGGACGCGGCUCCAUCCCUUCCCAGGAUGGAGGUUUUGAAGUCUUGUGUACUUAGGAGAAGUGCAUGUGCCGCCGCCGCCUGCUUCUGGAGAAGCAGAGUUAUCCCAAAGAGGCCAUUUAGAGAGAUUAGUACUACGCCUGCCAGAAGCACUGUUAUGCCCGCUUGGGUGAUAGAUAAAUACGGAAAGAAUGACGUUCUUCGGUUCACACAAGACAUGCUGUUACCUAUCAUACACUAUCCAAACGAAGUCAUUAUCAAAGUCCAUGCUGCCAGUGUAAAUCCUAUAGAUGUUAAUAUGAGAAGUGGUUAUGGAGCGACUGCCUUAAAUAUGAAGCGUGAUCCUUUGCAUAUAAGAACCAAAGGAGAAGAGUUUCCUCUGACUCUGGGUCGGGAUGUGUCUGGCGUGGUGAUGGAGUGUGGGCUUGACGUAAAGUAUUUCCAGCCUGGAGAUGAGGUCUGGGCUGCAGUUCCUCCUUGGAAACAAGGCACUUUGUCAGAAUUCGUCGUGGUCAGUGGGAAUGAGGUCUCGCACAAGCCCAAAUCACUCACUCAUACUCAUGCUGCCUCUUUGCCGUAUGUGGCUCUCACAGCCUGGUCUGCCAUAAACAAGGUUGGUGGCCUGAAUGCCAAGAAUUGCAUGGGAAAACGCGCUUUAAUCUUGGGUGCAUCAGGUGGAGUUGGUACUUUUGCGAUACAGAUAAUGAAAGCAUGGGGCGCUCAUGUGACUGCAGUUUGUUCUCAAGAUGCCAGUGAACUUGUAAGGAGGCUCGGAGCAGACGAGGUCGUUGAUUACACGCUGGGAAGCGUGGAAGAGCAGUUGAAAUCUUUAAAACUGUUUGACUUUAUCCUUGAUAAUGUUGGUGGAUCUACUGAAACAUGGGCUCUAUAUUUUCUCAAGAAGUGGUCAGGAGCCACCUAUGUGACGCUGGUGACUCCUUUUCUCCUGAACAUGGACCAACUGGGCAUUGCUGAUGGCAUGUUGCAGACAGGAGUCACCAUGGGUACCAAGACCUUGAAGCAUUUCUGGCAAGGGGUUCAUUACCGCUGGGCCUUCUUCAUGGCCAGUGGUCCAUAUCUAGAUGAAAUUGCAGAACUGGUGGACGCGGGAAAGAUUCGGCCAGUUAUUGAACAAACCUUCCCCUUUUCUGAAGUCCCAGAAGCCUUCCUGAAGGUGGAAAGAGGCCACGCCCGGGGAAAGACUGUGGUUAACGUUAUUUAAAUAAACAUGUGCUUGCCAGGGGUU